CGUCCUGAAGUCCUCAAGAACACCCUCCAUGAAUGCCUCUUCGUCGCCGUCAUCGCAUUCUCGGCCGCUUCGUCUAUAUUCCUGCAACGAUCCGUCAUGGUCAUUGCCGCGCAGAUAGGCGACGACCUGGUGAUGAGUCCAGCCGAGGUCGCUUGGGAAACUGCUGCUGCUGGAUUGACAACAGCGGCAUUUCUGAUCCCCUUUGGACAUGUUGCGGAUGUUUGCCCACCGAUUCUGACACGCAAGACUCUGUUGCUGCUCAGCCUCACGGCAUUCUCCUUGUUCGUGACGUUCACUUCAUUCGCGCAAAGCGGUGUGGUGGUUGAUAUCAUGUCUGGCCUGGCAGGUGUUGCUUGUGCGGCCAACAUCCCGAUUGCGGUGGGCAUCUUGAGUCUGGCAUACCCCGUAUCUUCUCGCAGGAAGAACUUGGUGUUCUCAUCUUUUUUGAUGGGCAACCCAGCAGCUACCAUCAUCGGCGGCGUCAGCUCAGGAGGGCUGGCCUCGCUCUACAGUUGGAAGGCACCUUUCAUAUGCCUCGGACUUCUUUAUGCUUCUAUUACUGUAUUGGCCUGGCUAGUCAUUCCCAAUGAGCCGCAUCCACAAGACCAAAAGAGCACAGAUUCCGAUGAGUUGAGCCACUCCUUUUUCCUUCUUUUAGGAGCACUCUGGCGCUUCGACUGGACUGGACUUUUCUUACUACUCGCUGGCGUACUACUGUUCACCGUCGCCUUGACAAUCGGACCCGAGGGUUAUCUACCUUGGAAGACUCCCGUUGUGAUUCUUCUCCUGACUAUUGGACUUCUAUCACUGGGGUGUUUCAUUCUCUGGGAAUACUUCACAAAGACACCAAUGAUACCUCCCGUCAUCUGGGAAGACUACACCGUGUCAUUAAUAUUUCUCGGAACACUGAGCUGUACUAUGGCAUCCUCAUCAUCUAUCUUCUGGGUUUCUAUGUUUCUACAGGAGAUAGAGAAUCUUUCACCCUUCAAUGUUGCUGUUCGACUGCUACCACAGGCUCUGGUUGGGUUAUUCAUCAGCCCUCUUGUCGGUCUGAUAAUGCAUAAAGUUCCCGGAACUGUUCUGGUUGGUAUCGCUGGCCUGUGCUCUGUCACCGGCAACCUCCUUCUCGUAUUCUUGCGUCAAGGAAACAGUUACUUUACUUGGAUCUUCCCAUCGAUCCUCUUAACAGCCAUUGGCAUGGAUUGGACGCUCAACACUAGCCAGCUUUAUAUUCUCUCCGCCCUUCCACUGAAACAUCACUCGAUCGGCGCAUCGCUUCUACAGACGACCCGGCUAGGUAUCCCUCUUGGAUUGGCCAUCACCACUGCAGUUUGGUCUUCU